CUCUCAAUAGCGUGUAGAGUAUAAAGAAUCGCGCGCCGAGUUGGCCAGUCGCGUUUUUUUCGAAUACACGCAAAACAACCGCACAUAUCAUACUUUUUGCACUUACAGCACAGGCAGAGAUCAGCGGAGUAUGUACAGUAGGCGCUCGCUCGACAGCCUAUCGGGGGGACAGUAUGUAAAAGCGCCGUGGCGACGUAUGCACGAGUCAGAUUAUAUAUUGGCGCGCGUGCGGCUAAGCACAAUAUCAUCGUGCGUCGACUGUCGUCGAGAACGACUCUGACUUGUACACAUUCGCGUUCUCGCGCGGCGAAUGAGCGGGGAAUCGCGCGCGCAGCCCUUGUCCGUCGCGUAUAUUUACACAGAUAUACGUUUGCACAUUUAGUAGCCAGUUCUCGCUUAUACCUACCUACUCGACUUUGGUAUUCUAUAAUAUACAGUCAACGCACACACUCGUGAGCUUGGACUGUAUUACGGGUGACUGACGCUGCUGCUGCCGUUUUUCCAAGUUUCAGUUGAUAGUAGUUGGUGGUGGCCGCGAGCGAGAAAAACAAGUGCGAAAGAAGAGAGCGAGAAAGGAACGCGAUUCAGCGCCUAUUUGAUAGUUCUUGUUGUGCUGCGUGCGUGUGCGCCUGCAGCGCGAAUAUAACAGCGAGAAUAUAGUGGUAGUGACUGGCAAACUAUAUAGUGUGGACUUUUUUCGAGGUUGGAUAAUUAUUCGCCUCUCUUCUCUCGUAUACACAUAUACGUCCGCAGCUGACUGCGGAUAGUGUGCGCGUGCAGUGGUGCUUCGCAGCUUGCAUGCACGAGUGCCAGCGAGAGAGAGAGCAGCAAGAGCGAAAAAAGCCAAGGAAAAUCGAGAGAGGCUGCCACUAAGAAUCUGUGACAUCAAUGAGGCAAGAUGGAGAUGAAUCACACGAUAGACCAUUUUUGUGGUUCUAAAUUUUGGGACUUUGAUAUAUCAUGGAAUACAGAUGAUCCAGAUUUAACAAGUUGUUUUCAAAAGACAGCUUUAAUCUGGGCACCAUGUUUCUUCUUAUGGAUAUUUUCAUCAUUCGAAGCCUAUUACUUGGUGAACAGCAGCAAAAAAAAUGUUCCAUUAUCAUGGUUAUUCAUCACAAAAACUGUCUUUACCGUAGCAUUAAUUAUAUUGACAAUUAUGGAUUUGGGUAAAGCUAUCAUAGACAUUGCAAAUGGUCUUGAAGUCUAUGCUGUAGAGUAUACUACGCCAUGUAUAAAAAUAAUUACUUUUGUAAUAGCAGAAGUUUUGAUGUUUUAUAAUAAAAAGUAUGGCAUGAGAACAUCUGGUUUAUUAUGGAUGUUUUGGUUCUUCCUUUCCCUGUGUGGUAUAGUUCAAUGUAGAAGUUUAUUAAGGAAAGAUUCUAGUGAAAUUGAAUCGAUGUAUGAAUUUGUAUCAUACAUGAUAUACUUCCCAAUAGUGAUAUUAUUGUUCCUACUAAACUUUUUGGUUGAUUCAGAACCUUUGUAUUCAAAAUAUCCAGCUGUUGAGAAACCAUGUCCAGAACAAUCAGCAUCAUUCCCAUCUCGUCUUACAUUUGGAUGGUUUGACUCAUUAGCAUGGAAAGGUUUUAAACAUCCUCUUCAAACCUCUGACCUGUGGUCCAUGAAUCCAGUAGAUAUGGCUAAAGAAAUUGUACCUCGAUUUGAUAAAUACUGGGCAGAAAGUCUGCAGAAAGUUGAUAAGCAUUUUUGGACAAAUCAAAAUUUUUCUAGCACUCGAGGAGCCAAAGCAACAUUUCGAAAAUCCUCUGGUCAAGUGGACUUUAAUAAUGGUAAAAAAAAGAAAAUGGCUUCAGUCUUACCUCCACUCUGCAAAGCUUUUGGACCUAUAUUUUUAUUUGGCGUGAUGUUAAAAGUUGUUCAAGAUGUUAUGACUUUUAUAAGUCCUCAAAUUUUAAGUUUACUCAUUGACUUCACAUCCACAAAAGAUGUACCUGUGUGGAAGGGCUAUUUCUACGCAAUUUUGCUUCUUUUAACAGCUGUAAUUCAAACUUUGGUUCUCUCCCAGUACUUCCACCGCAUGUUUUUAGUCGGCCUCCGCAUGCGAACGGCCCUUAUAGCAGCAAUUUACCGCAAAGCCUUAAAAAUGUCGAAUUCGGCUAGAAAAGAAUCUACAGUUGGUGAAAUAGUCAAUUUAAUGUCUGUAGAUGCCCAAAGAUUUAUGGACGUCACGGCGUACAUAAAUAUGAUUUGGUCGGCGCCUUUACAAAUAGUCUUGGCCUUGUACUUUUUGUGGAAUAGUUUGGGACCUUCUGUGCUAUCCGGUCUGGCGGUGAUGAUAAUUUUGAUACCUGUAAAUGCGCUGCUCGCCGGGAAAGUGAGAAAUCUACAAAUCAAACAAAUGAAAAAUAAAGAUGAAAGAGUCAAACUUAUGAAUGAAGUAUUGAAUGGUAUUAAAGUUUUAAAACUUUAUGCUUGGGAGCCUUCUUUUGAAGAACAAAUUUUGCAAAUUAGAAAUAAAGAAAUUAAAGUACUUAAAGAAGCUGCAUAUCUUAACGCCGGUACUAGUUUUAUAUGGUCUUGUGCACCAUUUUUGGUGUCUUUGGUGUCAUUUGCAACAUACGUUUUAGUUGACGAGAGCCACGUUUUGGACAGUAAAAAAGCUUUUGUUUCACUCAGUUUAUUCAACAUACUAAGGUUCCCACUUUCAAUGUUGCCAAUGAUGAUUAGUAAUGUUGUACAAGCGUCAGUUUCAGUGAAACGUAUCAACAAGUUUAUGAAUUCGGAAGAGUUGGAUCCGAACAAUGUACAACAUGAUCCAAGUGAAGCAAAUCCAUUGGUCAUCGAAAACGGCAACUUUACAUGGGAUUCGGAGUCUUCGGAAAGUAAACCAACUUUACAAAACAUCAAUUUGAAAGUAAAACAAGGGCAACUAGUUGCUAUUGUAGGAACCGUGGGUUCUGGUAAAAGUUCUUUAAUAUCUGCACUUCUUGGAGAAAUGGAUAAAAUCAGUGGCAGGGUGAACACAAAAGGUUCAAUUGCCUAUGUUUCUCAACAAGCUUGGAUUCAAAAUGCAACCCUUCAAGAUAAUAUUCUAUUUGGAAAACCACUUGACAAAGCUCUUUACCAUCGGGUCAUUGAAGCUUGCGCUCUAUCUCCGGAUUUAAAAAUGCUUCCUGCUGGCGAUCAAACUGAAAUCGGGGAAAAAGGAAUAAAUCUUUCUGGAGGUCAAAAACAGCGCGUUUCCCUCGCUCGUGCAAUUUACAAUAAUUCAGAUAUUUACUUCCUGGACGAUCCUUUAAGUGCAGUCGAUUCGCACGUGGGAAAACAUAUUUUUGAAAAUCUCAUCGGACCUCAUGGUCUCAUGAAGAAAAAAACCAGAAUCCUUGUUACUCAUGGAAUAACGUACUUACCUGAGGUCGACAAUAUUGUGGUGCUUAAAGAUGGCGAAAUUAGUGAAAGCGGUACUUACAAGGAACUGCUAGAAAAACGCGGUGCUUUUGCCGAUUUUUUGGUGCAACAUUUACAAGAAGUUGGAAAUCUAAAAUCAGAAGAAGAGGAUACUGAAGAUCUACUCGAAAUAAAACAAAAACUUGAAACUACAAUUGGUAGUGAAGAGUUACAACAAAGAAUAAAUCAGGCAAGAUCAAGAACAUCUGUCAGUGUUAGCGAAAGUGGUUCGCUAGCGGACAGGCGUUCGUUAAAUGGAUCUUUACAUCGACAACCUUCUACCGAUAGUCAACAGUCGUUGAGUCCUCUCAGAAGUAAUAGCGUAAAAAAUAAAGAAGAAGUUCAAUAUAAAGUUGGAGAGAAAUUAAUUGAGACUGAAAAAGCAGAAACUGGUAGUGUCAAAUGGAAAGUAUAUUCACAUUAUUUGAAAUCGAUUGGAUGGUUUUUGGCUAUAUCUACAAUCAUCAUGAAUGCAAUCUUUCAAGGAUUUAGCAUUGGCUCUAAUGUCUGGUUGAGUGUUUGGGCUGAUGACCAUCAUUAUAUUAAUAAAACUAUUGAGGGAGUAAUGAUGAAUGUAACAGAUCCAAGUUACCGUGAUAUGUAUCUGGGAGUAUAUGGUGCCCUAGGCUUGGGCCAAGCAACGUUUGUGUUACUGGCGCAACUGACGAUGGUUAGCGGCUGCCUCCGUUGCAGUUAUUUACUGCAUUACAAACUAUUGUUCGGCAUUCUGCACUCGCCGAUUGGAUUCUUUGAUACCACUCCAUCAGGCAGAAUAUUAAAUCGUUUCGGAAAAGACGUUGAUAUAGUUGACAACGUAUUGCCACCCAACAUUAGAGCUUGGUUAUUUUGUCUCGUGACGGUGAUAGCAACGCUCGUCGUCAUCAGUUACAGCACGCCGAUUUUCAUAGCUGUUAUAUUACCUAUAGGACUUAUUUAUUACUUCAUACAACGCUUCUAUGUGGCAACGUCGCGUCAAUUAAAGCGUUUAGAAUCAGUCUCUAGAUCGCCGAUUUACUCGCAUUUCGGCGAGUCGGUAACUGGCGCCCAAACGAUCAGAGCUUACGGAGUGCAGGACAGAUUUAUCAAGGAAUCCGAGAGCCGAGUUGACUUCAAUCAAGUCUGUUAUUAUCCUAGCAUAAUCGCCAAUAGGUGGUUGGCUAUACGAUUAGAGAUGGUGGGCAAUUUCAUCAUCUUCUUUGCUGCACUAUUUGCUGUACUGGACAAGCAAGAGAUGAGUAGUGGUCUAGUUGGUUUGUCGAUCAGCUACGCUUUACAGAUAACUCAAACACUGAACUGGCUCGUACGCAUGACAUCGGACGUCGAAACCAAUAUUGUCGCCGUCGAGCGUAUCAAAGAAUACGGCGAAACGCCACAAGAGGCAGCUUGGAAUAAACCAGAGAAUGAUCCAGACAAAGAUUGGCCUGUGCAAGGCAGUGUGGAAUUCCACGAUUUUAAAGUGCGUUACCGAGAGGGUCUAGAUCUUGUCUUGUCUGGAUUGAGCUUCAAGGUCAACGGGGGGGAAAAGAUCGGCAUCGUUGGACGCACCGGCGCGGGAAAAUCUUCGCUUACCUUGGCUCUGUUUCGUAUUAUUGAGGCAGCCGAUGGAAAAAUCCUGAUUGACAAUGUUGACAUUUCAAAUUUGGGUCUUCAUACGCUGCGAUCGAGACUUACUAUCAUACCGCAGGAUCCAGUCUUAUUUUCCGGCAGUCUAAGGCUCAAUCUUGAUCCUUUCAAUAAGUGCUCAGAUACUGAUUUGUGGAAGGCACUUGAACACGCUCAUCUCAAAGACUUCGUGAAAAGUCUGCCCAACGGCUUAAACCACGAAGUAACGGAAGGAGGUGAUAAUUUAAGCGUUGGUCAAAGACAAUUGAUAUGUUUGGCUCGAGCUUUGCUGAGAAAAACUAAAGUUUUGGUUUUGGAUGAAGCAACGGCGGCUGUUGAUCUUGAAACCGACGAUCUUAUUCAAACGACAAUACGACAAGAAUUCAAAGAAUGUACCGUUUUAACCAUUGCGCACAGACUCAAUACUAUCCUUGACUCCGAUAGGGUCAUCGUUUUAGACAAAGGGUCUAUUGUUGAGUAUGAUUCACCUAAUACUCUACUGCAGAAGCCGGAUAGUUCCUUUUAUAGUAUGGCCAAAGAUGCAGGCUUAGUUGUAUCGUAAAAUUAAAAUCGUUGCCUGGCGAACCUCGAAUACCGAAUUAUUAAUAUUGCCUGUGAGCUUAUCUAGCACUUAAUUUUCGAACCGAAUUAAUAAUGUGUACUUGAGUCACUAAAGGAGCAAAAUCCAAUUUGAAAAUACAAUUAUAAUGUCAUUCUUUGUUUUGACGAUCAUAUUCGGAUACUUUUUUGAACGCGUUCCCACUAUGGUAAAAAAAAAUUUUCAAGGACACUUGUGAACAUACAGGUAUUUUAACUACUGCCAAUUUCGAACAAGUAAUAAAAUUGUUUUUAAUAAACAAAACAAAGUACUUGAGCAUUAAGACUAUUCGAAAAAGCCUUGUUAAAGAGAAACUAUAUGUGUUGUUUUUAUGUGUUUAGAACAUCUAAUGAUCUUUCAAGGUUUAUUUUAUUUUUCAAUUGUUUUAUUCACGCGAGGAUUUUUUAUCAUUAUGUGUAAAUAGCAUUUUUCAUCAUACUUAAAAGAUGAAUUCUUAAAAGUAAUUUUAAGACCGUACGAGUUGCAGUUUGAACUAAAUAAAUAUAUUAUAUAUAUAGUAUUAUAUUUUUCCACAUUCUCUUGUUCUUACAAUAAUACUUAAACAAACAUGAUCUUAAAAUAAUUCAUUAACAAAUCGCAAUCAACUUGUUCAUUUUCAUAAUUUAUUCUUAACACAGCUAAAGGCAAAAAGGUUAUAAAAUAAUUCUCGUACCUAAAAUGUUGGGCCUAAACUUACAAGUUACUUACAUUGUUACACUUGAUUUUGUAUUAAGUUAGAGAAAGUGUAAUAAAUAUAUUAAUAUUUCAUGUUUUUAAAAAUAUUAAGUCAAUAAACUAGUAGAAUUUACUGAUACUUAUUUAUAUUCUGCGAUAAACAAUUGCCAAUAUUCUUUUACAAGCAAUGGUACAACAUGAUAAAUUUUAUUAAAAUUUAAAAUAUAUUCUUCGACUGCUCUAUUGUAGUAGUGUAAAUAUAAACUAAUAUUUCCAAAAUUCUUUUUGCAGUUACAUACAUUUUUCAUUCAAAAAGUGUUCUUAGCUUGCUUUGCAAAGUGAAAACGAGUAGUAAUCAAAUUUGAACAGUUUAUCAAUAUAAAUGGAAAAGUAUUUUAACAUAGACAAUAUAGUAAAUAUCUGACAAUUUAUCAGGAUUUUAUUGAUAGUUAAAGUAAAUUUUUGAAACUAUUCAAUUAAAUAUUACUUCAAUUAUUGUACUUUACAUUUAGACAGUUCAAAUCAUAUGUAUAAUGCAUAGUACUAUCAGUGAAAUCCUGGAUUGUACAUAUCUUUGUUAUAUUUUUAAAAUUAAAUUACCAGUUCUUUCUAUUGGUAACAGCGAAAAUAUUUUAGUUUUUUGAUUCAUUUUUUAAUAUAUUAUCAUCAAUUUUAUUUGAACAGUUUAAUUUAAACGUAUUUCAAUAUCUAAAUACAAUAGUUAAUGAAGUUCAAAAAUGAAAAAAUUUUAAUAAGAUUAUGAAUAUAUUUAAUUUUCAUAAGUAAAGUGUAGGAAUAUUGAUUUAAACGCAUUGUUAAAUAUAAAUUAAGAUUUAUGCAUGAUAUCAUGAUAUGAUACUUAAACAAUCAAAUGCAUAAGUAAUGAUAAUCUACACAUAUGCAUAAAAAAGUGCCUUUUUGUAAAAAAAGUAAUGCAUGUAUGCUCGAUAUUUGACGUAUCUGUCUUGAUACAGUGUAAAUGUAAAGCCAAUAAAUAAAAGUUAAAGAGUUUGGAUGACGA